CCCGACCGCCCCUGCCGCCGAGGUUCCUGCCUGAAGACCAGCUGCUGCUCACAGCCUGCUGCCACCUCCAACCCCAGCUCCAUCACCAUGCACUCAUUGGACGAGCCACUUGACCUGAAACUAAGCAUCACCAAGCUCCGAGCAGCAAGAGAAAAGAGGGAGAGGACACUGGGUGUGGUCCGGCCCCGUGCUGUGCACAGGGAGCUUGGCCUGGUGGAUGACAGCCCCACGCCUGGCUCCCCAGGCUCCCCGCCCUCAGGUUUCCUGCUGAACCCCAAGUUCCCCGAGAAGGUAGAAGGACGCUUUUCAACAGCCCCUCUAGUGGACCUCAGCUUGUCCCCACCAUCUGGGCUGGAUUCCCCCAACGGCAGUAGCUCACUGUCACCUGAGCGCCAGGGCAGUGGAGACCUGCCCCCAGUGUCUGCUGCUCCGGACUUCCAGCCACUGCGCUACUUGGACGGUGUUCCUAGCUCCUUCCAGUUCUUCCUACCCCUGGGCUCCGGAGGGACUCUGCACCUGCCUACUUCCUCCUUCCUCACCUCCCCCAAGGACAAGUGCCUCUCGCCAGAGCUGCCACUGCCCAAGCAGCUGGUGUGUCGAUGGGCCAAGUGUAACCAGCUCUUUGAGCUCUUGCAAGACCUGGUGGACCAUGUCAAUGACUACCAUGUCAAGCCUGAGAAGGAUGCAGGGUACUGCUGCCACUGGGAGGGCUGUGCCCGCCACGGCCGUGGUUUCAAUGCCAGGUACAAGAUGCUCAUCCACAUCCGCACACACACCAACGAGAAGCCGCACCGUUGCCCCACCUGCAACAAGAGCUUCUCUCGCCUGGAGAACCUGAAGAUCCACAAUCGCUCACACACAGGUGAGAAACCCUACGUCUGUCCCUAUGAGGGCUGCAACAAGCGCUACUCCAACUCAAGUGACCGCUUCAAGCACACGCGCACUCACUAUGUGGACAAGCCCUACUACUGCAAGAUGCCUGGCUGCCACAAGCGCUACACGGACCCCAGCUCACUGCGCAAGCACAUCAAGGCCCAUGGUCACUUCGUGUCCCAUGAGCAGCAGGAGCUCCUGCAGCUGCGUCCUCCCCCCAAACCACCACUGCCCACUCCUGACGGUAGCCCCUACGUCAGUGGGGCCCAGAUCAUCAUCCCCAAUCCUGCUGCCCUCUUCGGAGGUCCUGGCCUGCCCGGCCUGCCCCUGCCCCUGGCCCCUGGCCCCCUCGACCUCAGUGCCCUAGCCUGUAGCAAUGGUGGGGGCAGUGGGGGUGGUGGGGGAAUGGGUCCUGGGCUGCCAGGCCCUGUCCUACCCCUCAAUCUGGCCAAGAACCCACUGCUGCCCUCGCCCUUUGGGGCUGGUGGACUGGGUCUGCCUGUGGUCUCCCUACUUGCUGGCUCCGCUGGGGGCAAGGCCGAGGGAGAGAAGGGGCGUGGGCUAGUGCCCACGAGGGCCCUCAACAUGGAGGGUCGCAAGACACCCCUUGAAAGGACGGAGAGCAGCUGCUCCCGACCUAGCCCAGACGGACUCCCUUUGCUGCCAGGCACUGUACUGGACCUGUCCACAGGCGUCAGCUCGGCGACUAGCAGCCCAGAGGCACUGGCCCCUGGCUGGGUGGUCAUCCCACCAGGAUCUGUGCUGCUCAAACCAGCUGUGGUGAACUAAGUCUCCUAUGGACAGCUGUGGCAGCCCAGCCAGCAACUCCUGGCCCUGCCUCGACGAACAGAAACUCUCUGCGAAAUAGCAAUAAUGUCCUACUGCCCUGGGGUUGGCUGGCUGUGCUCCCCAGGCAGCCCCAGCCCCAGCCUGCAGGGCAGCAAGGAUGGUGCUAGAAGGUCAUUGCUGGCUCCCUAGUGGGGACCUGGACCUGCUGCCCAAGGAGCUGUGCUCUGGGUGCUGAGGCCUUGCUCCUCUCAGGCCCUCCUGUCCCAUAGCUUCUUUACAAUCUUCCCCUACCCCUGGGUCCCUCUCCAUCUUCCACCCUGGUGCCUCCCUCAUUAAGUGACCAAGCUGGGCAGGUCAUCCUUCUCCCCACCUGCCAUAUGGGGAUGGCAGAAACAGGCUCACACCCCAGCAGUGGGGAGAGGUGGCUGGCACCUGCCCGCCCUGUGGCCACUGGGCUCCUUCCCUGUCCCCCUGCCUUGCUCACUCAGCCUCUGUCCUGGGGGCUCCUUGGACCCCUUUCCGUCUGGCCCAUCCUCCAGAGGGAGAGUAAGAUAGAUGCAGGCAAAGCCCCAGGAAGAAGCUGCCUCCCUGCUCCCUGACAAGGUGCCUCCUGGCUCUAGAAGGGGGCCUGCUCUGCCAGCUACUCCUCCUCACACACCCAGCCCAGGCAGAUGGCACCCUGGGGCCUUUUCCCCCACCACGAGAGCACUCUGGAAGUGUGGAAGAAGGCCUGAGAGAGCCCUAAAUUGGAGGGGAGGUGCCAUAUGGGCAGCUGUGGGGUCUGGGUGACCUGACAACAGGCCUAGUACUGGAUCAGAAAGCAAGUGGGGCCAGGCUGAGUUCCAUCUUCACAUCCCUGCCCCAGCUGGGCCUGGUCUAGACAGCACCAGGUGCCUGCCUAUACCGGAUAGCCUCAGGGAAAAGAGCUUUCUGGAGGCUGUGGACUGAAGGCCCUAUGUUUGGACAUGGCCCCUCUACCCAGGAAGGGUAGUCCAAGGAAAUAACCUGGGCCCGUGACAUGGAUGCUUCUAGCUUCCCCUUUCCUAGAUGUGUCUCUCCCUUCUCUUUUCCCCACCAUAGCCAGCUCCCCCAGGGUCUGGGCUACUCAGGGCCCAUGGCAGGAGCCAGAAUAACCUAAGGAUGCUGGAGGUCCCUGUGCCUAACAGUCACUGCUAGAUCCCACAGCAGUGUCUCUGCCCUGGGCCUCCCCCCCACCCUUACCCCACUCACUUGCCAGGUGGGAGCUCUGGCUUCUAGGUCUCCCUGUCACUAGGCUGCAGAGUGACCAAUCCCUUUCACCUGCCCAUCUGCAGAACAAAGGAGCUGCCAGCUACAGUGGGGUCCUCUGGAGCCUGCAGUUCUCUGAGCAGCUCUGCUCACCCCACCCUUUCCUGGACUGCCCUUCUGUCCCAGAGGGGUCACCCUGACCUGGCCCGCCCUGUUGCUGGCCUUAAGACCCCAGCCCUGACAGGGACUGGCUGUUGGCUCUGCCCCUCAAAGGGGCUGUGAGCAAGUAGAAGGGAGCUGGUCUCCUUUCUUCAGGCCCCACCCAAGACCCAAGCACCCCAAAUCCUGUUAGGGACCUAGGCCUUAAGGCCCCAGUAGGGGCUGUGGGUUUGAGACUCAAGCAGAGCAGAGGAAGAGGGCACUGGAAGGUGAACGUUAACUCAGCAUGUGAUUCAGUGACAGACUAGGCUCAGAAGGCCGGUGUACUUUUUGUGUUGUUGGGUUUGUUGUUGCACAUUCCAGGAUAUCAGUAUUUUAACAGGUUCUAAGUGCCUUUCUAUUGUAGCUUGUUUCCCUCCUCUUGGCUCCAAUUGCUGUUAGCAUAGAGUUUAAAAAAAAAAAGAGAUAAGCUAAAGACUAUAACAAUAUAUUCCUCCAUGUGAGAGGAAGUUUAUAAAGAAACAAUAAAAGUUGCAAAGAUG